GAAAAAAUUACUACCGUUGAAAUUUAGACGUUACCUUAAUUAUCAUGCCUCUAUCCACUACAGCAAAGAAGCGCAAGGUCUUGGAAGGUCUGCAAGGCAAAACUGGUCGGCCUCAAAAGAAGUUUAGGAAGCAGCGCGAAUACCACAGCAGUUCCGAUGAGGCGGAAGAUGACGAACCAGCCGAUUUUAAAGCUGUCAGUCUAGCAGAUUCCGACGAGGAUGAGGUCGAAGUAAAGAAGCCGAAGAAGCAGACAAAAUCCCCAAUUGCUUCGAAGAACAGAAAGGAGAAAGAGAGCAGCGACGACGACAACAGCGACGAGUCGGCUGAGAGUGACAAUAAGAAGGAUGAAAAGCAUGACGCUUCGGGCUCAGACGCAUCUUCUGGCGCUGAGGAUGAGGAUGAUGAUUACGACUCUGAUGUCUCUAUGCCGACCUCAACUACGGACCACAGAGCUGUCCCCAAACGGAACGAUCCUUCGGCGUUCUCUACCUCUAUCUCUAAGAUUUUGGCGACAAAACUACCUUCCUCUGCCCGGGCGGAUCCUGUUCUGUCACGCAGUAAAAUAGCCACGCAAGCCAGCACAGAUUUUGCCGACGAGAAAUUGGACAAGCAAGCACGAGCUAAAUUGCGUGCCGAGAAGCAGGAAGAAUUAGAUCGCGGUCGGAUUCGUGAUGUUCUGGGAAUCGAACGAGGGGAGGCUGGCGCUGUGGCUGAGGAAGAGAAGCGUCUCCGAAAGAUCGCUCAACGUGGUGUGGUGAAACUUUUCAAUGCUGUUCGAGCAGCCCAAGUUCGCGGAGAAGAAGCGGCCAGAGGCGAGAGGAAGAAGGGUACCAUCGGUAUUGGCGAACGAGAGAAGGCCGUCAAUGAGGUUAGCAAACAAGGAUUCCUCGAGCUGAUUAGUGGAAAGAAGGGCAAGACUUUGAAUAUUGAAGAGGCCUGAACGGGGAUUCUGUAUAUGUUGAGUACCAGGCAUCUCUUAGGCGUUGGGGGAU